UUGCCAUCUCGCUGUCUGUCGCGAUUUACAGAGGAGUAAUUAUGUAUCCUAUUGGAAGGGAAGAUACUCCCCUUGCUUGUGCCCAAUUCCCUGCCCUGUUCUUCAUCCGAAUCGAUCUCGUUUUGCUUGUGUCUACAGAGCUACAUGCGGCGCCUAUUUCUUGUGGCGCUUCAGAGCACUCUCCAGUGAUUCGUCAUUGGCGCAGCGUACCGGUCUUCUUUGCACCGUCGCAGCUAAUUUCCGAAUGUGUAGAGAUCUUGCCUCCGAUAUGGACACAGUAUUAUGGAUCGGAAAGGAUCCUGCCUUUGUGUUAACCAGUCCAACACAGGCACCCUCAUUGUCCACGAUUUUCGCUCUGUCGGCCCUCCCCCCUUCAGCCGACAGCGCUCAGCUGUCUUCAACGCACUACUUUUACCUUGAUACCAUCUGUUCGACGAACACUUGGAGCCGAAACCGAAUCGGUGUGGCCGCCCGCGGCCGCUCUAGUUCUUUCCUUCAAGUUCUUCCAGGUCGUCAGUGAUUGACAUGCGAACGGCUGUCUCCCUUCUGUAUAGAGAACAAAAGGUGUGACGCCGUGUCGACGUUGCUGCGUCGUGGACUGCAUAGGGAACAAGACGAGAACGGAGACGAAUAAGUACAGUGACUGGGGUGCCCACUGAGGUCAAUCCAACAGCCUACGCGUACAGUAUGGCUAUCUUAUCAGCGGACGAGAAGCGAGUCUUGGCCCUCAAAGCGCGUGAUCUACGCGCUGGAAACCGCAAAUUCACGCUCUCUACAUACCGAGAAGACAAGAAGGUCUAUCACACCAUCCAUCUUUCCGAGGACGCGAAUGGGAAAAGGCCUUGCUACAGCGCGGCGACCUAUUGGGGAGAGUCGCUAUUUGGCGUGCAUCUCCUGCGUUCGUAUCGCCACCAGCGACGAGAGACGCGGAUCCGGAUCCACACACUCGGAGGCAGAGAGCAGACGGGCUGGUUUGAGGUCGAUCAGCAAAACUCAAGUCAAGAGACGGGAGAAAUUUGGGUCUGGGCCACAAUAUCGCUCCGUGACAUACCGGAGCGAAGCCCAUCGGAGCCCCGAUUCGUGCAAGAGGCUUCUGUCUCAAUCAGGUUACACGUGCUCAAGCCUGGUGAAGAAGGUUUUGUUUUCACCUUUCAUCGAAUAAAGCGUGGAACACACGGCGGUAGAACUAUGCAUUUGCUACUGGGUGGCCUUUUCCGUCGUUUCACUCGGAAAUAUCCCACAGGGAACGGAAGAGAGACCUGGAUUUGCUCGAAAGACGUCGAGAACGACGUGCAGCUGGAUCCCAGGGGGCAGCUGACAUGUGGAGGCCUGCUUGCGGCUCUGAUGUGUCUAGUGAAGCCAAACGAUCCAAAUAUGGAAGAAACGAUUCUUUUCAGAGAGUUCAUCGAGGACGAUUGGUGGAAACCUGGGCCCGAUGGCCCUUUCGAGGUGAUUUCGACGAAGCGAAUCGAACUCAAAUUACACGUGACAGAAGAAGCACUCCGGGUGUGCAUUGCGCCGACUGCGUCAUCCAUCAAAAGUCAUGCCGAUUCGGACAACGCUCUUCUUUCUCUGCUUCUCAAAGUCCUCACUGCUCCCCCGCUCGCGACCCUCGCUGCGGCUUUCGCUGACAAGGACGAGUCGCAAGCAGAGAGAGGCGUGUGCCGAGACGCUGGAAUGGAGCCGGGAAAACCGGAGAAUCUGAGCAGCGCAAAUGGGACUGUGAACGGCCACGCGAGGUCGAUUGCUGCCACCACCAAGCAGCAACCGAAAGCGAAAGCAGGGCCGCGUUUCUGCGGCCUUCGCACGGUGACUACCACCACCGACACCCCCGCCUCCCUACCCCCGCCCUCCUCCCUGCCUCCACCGCCCCCCGCCGCACGACGCGGGUUCAACUUCGCGAAGACCGUCGCCUCCUCACGGGACCGCGCGCGUGCCCGGCGCAAUCGGCAGACCCCGCAGCCGUGGGCGGUGCGCAAGCUCAUGGUGCCGCUCACGUCCGCGAUCAUGGUCUACACCGCGUAUGUGUUCUGCGGGCGGCUCGCGCCGCGGAUCGGACGAGCGAAGGGGAUCGGGCUGGGUCUAGGGUUUGCUGUGCUCUGGCUUUGGAUGGUGUGGGCGUAUGUGAAGGUUGUUAUUACGCCCCCCGGGAAUGCACGCGAUUACGUAUCUCAGUCGCCGCAGCCGCUGUUCCCGAUCCAGCCGACUCCCAUGUCGCCCAACACACCCCCUCAGAACCGAGCCACAGACAACGCUGCGACGUACGACACCGAUGACGAAUCGGAUCUGGACGACGCUGCACUGGCGGAAUUAGAAGCCGGACGUAUCGGCGGGCCAGCAUACAACACCAUGCAGAGCCCGAUCCAGAUUCCCAUCCCGAUCGCGAAUUCUGGCCCGCCGACCUCUGAGACCGCCGCCGUCGACGCUGCGCCGCCACCCGGCAAGAUCCCGGCGCGCACACCCCGGGGCCGGCAUCCUCCGACGACACCAGUGCUUCUGCCCCAACACCGGUGGUGCGGCAAGUGCCAGAUUGUGAAGCCCUACCGGGCACACCAUUGCCGGGUGUGCGGGACGUGCAUCCUCAAGUACGACCACCACUGUCCCUGGAUCGGGCAGUGCGUCGGCGCGCGGAACCACAAGUUCUUCCUGAACUUCUGCGUCGCGGCGGGAUGCCUCACGGCGUAUACGUUCGGCAGCCUGCUGGCGUUCAACGUCGGGGAGAGUGGUGUCGAUGCACAGGAGCUCGUGAUCAUAGUUCUAUCGGCGCUGUUCUUGCUCUUCACGAGCUCGCUGUCGGUGGCGCACGGGCGGCUGAUAUCCCACGCGCAGACGACGGUCGAGAGCAUCAAGGUGCGCACGCUGCGCGAGAAGGAGGCGGCACAGUUGGGGGUCGAUGGCUGGCAGUGCUGGGAAGUCGGCGCGAAACAGCGCGUUAAGCGCAGCUACGACGCCGAGUGGGGUAACCCGGACACCGAGGGGAACAUCUGGUGGCCGGGCUCUCGACGCGGAGCAUGGGAGGACGUGAUGGGGCAUGCUUGGCUAGGGUGGAUAUUGCCGGUAGGUAGGCCGCUGGGUGAUGGCUUGGAUUAUAAGCCUAACCCACGCUUCGAUGAGCAGGGUCGGUGGAGGAGGCGGAGCGAGUGGCCGGGUGGUCUACGGGGGGGAUGACGAUGAUACUUCGCUGCAUCUACAUUGUCUAUAUAGGUGCUGCAAGCACACUACAUUCUCGGAAGCCCAAGCUGCACACCAAGUCCUGGGGAGACCAAGCCAAUGUCCGCAGGACAGCAGGAGAUCUGCCAUGAUGACAAGGCCGGCGAGAAGAAUACUUACCGGCAUCCCCUCAUCUGUAGAGAUCGCUGCGGUCGGACGACCUGCCAGGUGCCAUGGUGGGGGCCGUCACACGUGACCGAUGUUGACAUGAGAGAUGCUUCUGAUCCUGAGA